GUGCCCAGUCAAUUUUCUGCAGGCAUUAAUCCGGUUGUCUGCUGGUCCUUCCUCCUUUUCUACGUCCCUGAGUGAGGCCGGCGUCAAGAUGAAUGACACAGUAACAGUCAGGACCCGCAAGUUCAUGACGAACCGGCUGCUUCAGAGGAAGCAAAUGGUCGUUGAUGUCCUGCAUCCCGGCAAGGCCACAGUCCCCAAGACUGAAAUCAGGGAGAAACUUGCCAAGAUGUACAAGACCACCCCUGAUGUUGUGUUCGUGUUCGGCUUCAGGACUCAGUUUGGUGGCGGCAAGACAACAGGCUUUGCCAUGGUGUACGACUCCCUAGACUACGCUAAGAAGAAUGAGCCCAAACACAGACUGGCCAGACAUGGUCUCUAUGAGAAAAAGAAGUCCUCAAGGAAACAGCGCAAGGAACGCAAGAACAGAAUGAAGAAAGUACGAGGCAUCAAGAAGGCCAGUGUGGGCGCUGCUGGCAAAAAGUGAUCCCGGACAGCCAGGCUUGGUCUCCAUGCUCAAGAUGUUCUUGUAUAUUGUCAUCAAAUAAACUUUGGAAAAAAUUGAAAAAAAAAAAAAA